AUGACCACCCCGUCUGGCCACCGCUCUCGCGGUUCUGGUUCCGAGGAUCAAGGCGUCUACGAUGAUGCCAAGACAUACUACUCCGAAGAACGCCACAACCGUAAUGUUGGCCCUCGUACGAGAACAUACUCUCAGAAUAGCUUAAUGAAGCAGUUUGAACGAAUCGGACUACGAGAACCGUUUCGAAGAGGAAGUCAUGAUGAAAACACCCAACAGAGCCGCCGGUUCCUUAUCCAGGUAGAGCCAACCCUGGAGAGUCUCCAAGCCCAAGAGGAUACCGACGGAAACAUGCAAAUCACGAUCGAGGACAAUGGACCCAAAGUCAUAUCGCUGCGUACAGCUGCUUCGGAAGGCUACAACCGCUUUGAUGUUCGCGGCACAUACAUGUUGUCGAACCUCCUCCAGGAGUUGACUCUUGCCAAGGAAUACGGACGAAAGCAGAUUGUUCUGGACGAGGGUCGACUCAACGAGAAUCCCGUUGACCGACUGUCUCGUCUUAUCAAAGACCACUUCUGGGAUGGCUUGACAAGACGCAUUGAUGCCUCCAGCAUUGACGUAGCGGCCCGUGACCCCAAGGAUUGGACGGAUGACCCACGCCCGAGAAUCUACGUGCCCGUCGGAGCCCCCCACCAGUACGAAUUCUACAAGAAGGUGGCCGAGGACAGACCUGAGAUGCGUCUGGAUGUUCAGUUAUUGCCUGAGAAGAUCACUCCCGAGCUUGUCCGGGACAUGAACGAGAAGCCCGGUCUUUUGGCCGUCGAGGUGGAAGAAUAUGAUGACCCCAAGAGCAGCACUGGCAAGUCUCUGAAGGGCUUACCGUUUGUCGUCCCGGGCGGUCGAUUCAACGAGCUUUACGGGUGGGACAGCUACAUGGAGUCACUUGGACUCCUCGUCAACGAUCGCGUCGACUUGGCCAAGUCCAUGGUACUCAACUUUUGCUUCUGCAUCCAACACUACGGCAAGAUCCUCAAUGCCACCCGCUCGUACUACCUGUGUCGGUCACAGCCGCCCUUCCUUACUGACAUGGCCCUGCGGGUGUACGAAAAAAUCAAGCACGAGCCAGAUGCGAAGGAGUUCCUGCGACGAGCCAUCCUCGCCGCCAUCAAGGAGUACCACAGCGUUUGGACCUCGGAGCCUCGGUUGGACCCCGUCACAGGAUUGUCGAGGUAUCGCCCGGAAGGACUCGGAGUCCCCCCCGAGACUGAGGCCAGUCACUUUGUGCACAUCCUCCAGCCUUACUGCGAUAAACACAACAUGACAUUCAAGGAGUUCGUGCGAGCCUACAACUACCGUGAGGUGGAUGAGCCGGAACUUGACGAUUACUUUAUGCAUGACCGAGCGGUACGAGAGUCAGGCCACGACACAUCGUAUAGACUUGAGGGUAUCUGUGCCAGCCUGGCCACCAUUGACCUCAACUCGCUGCUCUUCAAAUACGAGACUGAUAUCGCGCGAACAAUCCGGAAUGUGUUCAACGACAAGCUCAUCAUCCCCGAGGAGUUCUGUGCGGGAACGCCCUACAAGCCUGGAGAGGUACUGGCGUCGGCUGCCUGGGAUCGUCGUGCCAAGCGACGUAAGCUUACCAUGGACAAGUUGAUGUGGAACGAGGAGGAGGGUAUGUUCUUUGACUACAACACGGCGACGCAGAAGCGCUGCACAUACGAGUCGUGCACCACGUUCUGGGCGCUUUGGGCUGGAAUUGCGACGCCCAAGCAGGCAGCCGACAUGGUUCGAAAGGGACUUCCAAAGUUUGAAGCGUACGGCGGUCUCUUGUCUGGCACGAAGGAGUCACGAGGCGAGAUUGGACUCGAGCGUCCCAACCGACAGUGGGAUUUCCCCUACGGCUGGGCGCCACAGCAGAUUCUGGCGUGGACUGGCCUGCUGCGAUACAGCUUCACGGAUGAAGCAGAGCGACUGGCUUACAAGUGGUUGUUUAUGAUGUCCAAGGCAUUUGUGGACUUCAACGGCGUCGUGGUGGAAAAGUACGACGUGACUCGACCCGUCGACCCGCACCGGGUGGAUGCCGAGUACGGUAACCAGGGCCUCGACUUUAAGGGCGUUGCCAAAGAAGGAUUCGGCUGGGUCAAUGCCAGCUACGUGUAUGGCCUGCAGAUCGUCAACGCGCACAUGCGGCGUGCGCUGGGGACGCUGACCCCGUACCCAACGUUUAUCAAGGCGAUUGAGCAGAACAACGAGAAGGCGUUGGCAGGGUUGAUGGGUCCGUAA